GGGUGUCAACUGGUACACACCUCCUCGUACGCUCUACAAACCCACUCGCUGCUCUCCACACGUCAAUCUCUACCAACCAAUCGUAUCUAAAAGAAAAAAAAUAACUAAUCGCUUGGAAAUUAGAUAUAAAAUUCUCUAAUACCGCCACAGUGAUUCGUUUAGAUCGGUGUUUGAUUGGGUUUAUUGAAGAUUCGAUCGUCUUGUGAUUACUAUCUGUUUGUAGAGUUGAAAUCUCCAAGUUAAUCUCCAGUAUUAUUAUGAGGUGGCGUGAGACGGUACUGGUGGCGGCGGUGGUGGUGGUGCUGGUAGCGAGGUCGUCAGCUCAGAUGCAGACUUUGGACGCCGCUGGGGCACUACAGGUGUUACAGAGACUGGGACUGGAUCGAGGGGGCGCUAGUCUGCCGAGCGUCACGCAGGGGGAGCGGAUAAGACAAGAAGAUUCGCCCAUUUAUUACAUUAAAUUGCCUCCUCUUCCAUAUUACUACGUCAACAAUAACAUCCAGCACCAAGCCCACACCAGCACCACUUCCUUCCCCUUCCAGAAAGUCGACCUCGAUUUCACCAACAACGGACGUCCUACUCAGAUCUACCACUGGAGUCAACCAACAUCAGCUACACCUCACCCAUGGAAGCCCUCUACUACUACCACCACCACUACCACCACACCACCACCUACCACCACAGCAUCUACCACCACUACCACCAGACCUACCAAGAAGCCAUGGUUUACCCUCAAUAAGUACUUUCCUUAUAAUGGUCGUCCCUCUAAUGUUUACAUCUGGAAGCCUCGACCUCCCGUGGCUGUACAGAAAUAUAAACACCCUUACUUCAAGCAUUUUAACUACUAGGAGGCUAGCAUUAUCAUCAACUACUAGCACUACCCACAACUAUUACUACAGCUAUUACUUUUACCACCACGACUACAGUAAUUACUAUUAUUACUACAAGUAUUACUUUUACCACCAUGAUUAUAGCUCCUAUCACUUAGAACACAAUCACUACUACUACUACUACUACUAUUAGCAUGACCAUCACUACUCUCACUACUACUAGCACAACCACAACUACUACCACUACUAGCCUCUAUGGUGCUAAUAUAUCACUUUCCUAUUAGCUAGACACAAAAAGAGAUAUAUUAUUUAUGUAUUUGUUGUAACAAGUAUACACAAACAACCAGACUUAUAAUAACAUAUCAAGGGGUUGUAUAUGGUUGUAUGUUAUAUAAGGUUAUACUCCGGAGCUUCAUAUAUCACGAUCAGUUCUAUAAGUGACCAUUACUGUACACACACACACACACCUGUAAUAUAGAUCUUCUGUUUUUGACUACACUUGUUUUUGGCGUCCUUAGCAACCUCAUUAAUACGUGAGAGAUGAUUGGCUGCUGGUUUUUAAGUUAACUAAUCAACUUCCACGACCUGUCACGGUUGCUAAGGGAGUUAACCAAUCAGCUUCCACCAAUUGUCACGGUUGCUAAGGGAGUCAACCAAUCAACUUCCACCAAUUGACACGGUUGCUAAGGGAGUUAACCAAUCAGCUUCCACGACCUGUCACGGUUGCUAAGGGAGUUAACCAAUCAGCUUCCACCAAUUGAUACGGUUGCUAAGGGAGUCAACCAAUCAACUUCCACCAAUUGUUGCUAAGAAUGGAAUUUGGUCGAUAAAUCAAUUAACCUGGUCGAGAUCUGUAGAAAAAAUGUACAAAGGCAUAAAUAAUAAGAAUUAGAUUAUUGUAUUUUAACAUAAACUAACAAAAAUAGAAUAAUUAUUGUAUAUAUAAUUUUUCUCCAGCUUGAUUUACUCGCUGAGAGAUAUAAAUUAUUGUUGAUAUGUUUGUUAUUUGUGAUGUAUUUGCGUUAUGUUUUUUUUAUGACAAGUUUUUGUUGUUGAAUUAAUGACUAACAAGUGUCGUGACUCUGACGGAUUGUAAACAAAUAUGGCCGCUGGUUUUAUGACAAUGACGAAAUGUAAA